UCAAAGUGCUCUGCUCUCGAUCAGUUUGCAAGUGUUGAUUAAAUUAUUAAACGAGCAAUCAAAGAAAAGAACAUUAUAAUUAUUUUAUUUUGUGCAUUCUGAUAUUGAUAUUGAAAUUAAUUUAAAGUUCAUAAAAAUACAAAAACAAUGUUUACAAGCCAAGUUUUGAUAAGAAGUGUCAUUGUUCCUCGUGCAGCUGUGACUGCAAAUGCAAAACGUUGUAUAAGUUCUAAAGAAGUAUUUGCACGUGAGGAUAAGUAUGGAGCACACAAUUAUCAUCCACUUCCAGUGGCGCUUAAUCGUGGCGAAGGGGUGUACGUUUGGGACGUUGAGGGAGUGAGAUAUUUUGAUUUUUUGAGUGCAUAUUCAGCUGUUAAUCAAGGCCAUGGACAUCCAAAGAUUGUUGGUGCUCUAGUUGAACAAUCAAAACGUUUAGCACUGACCUCAAGAGCAUUUUACUCCGAUGUUCUUGGCGAAUAUGAAGAAUUUAUCACAAAAUUCUUCAAGUAUGAAAAAGUACUACCCAUGAAUACAGGUGUUGAAGGAGGCGAAACAGCUUGUAAAUUGGCCAGAAAAUGGGGUUAUGUUAAGAAGGGAAUACCCAAAAAUCAAGCAAAGAUUAUUUUUGCCAAAAACAACUUCUGGGGUCGUACUAUGUCCGCUAUAUCGGCUUCAACAGAUCCAACAAGUUAUGAUGGAUUUGGUCCAUUUAUGCCAGGAUUUGAAAUUAUCGAUUACAAUAAUGUGAAUGCAUUGGAGAAUGCCCUUAAAGACCCCAAUGUAUGUGCAUUUAUGGUCGAACCGAUUCAAGGUGAAGCCGGUGUUGUUGUUCCUGAUCCAGGCUAUUUAACAAAAGUUCGUGAAUUAUGCACAAAGUACAACGUCCUAUUUAUUGCUGAUGAAGUUCAAACAGGAUUAGCGCGAACAGGAAGAAUGCUGGCGGUAGAUCAUGAAAGCGUCAGGCCGGAUAUUUUAAAUUUAGGAAAAGCUCUCUCUGGAGGCAUUUAUCCAGUUUCAGCUGUUCUCUGUGAUGAUGAAAUAAUGUUGUGUAUAAAACCUGGUGAACACGGAUCAACUUAUGGUGGUAAUCCAUUAGGAUGUAAGGUGGCUAUCGCAGCGCUAGAAGUUUUGGUGGAAGAAAAUUUGGCUGAAAAUGCUGAGAAUAUGGGAAAUAUUUUGAGAAGUGAACUGAGCAAAUUGCCAAAAGAUGUUGUAUCAGUGGUAAGAGGCAAAGGACUGCUGAAUGCUAUUGUUAUUAAUCCAAAAUUCGAUGCCUGGGAUGUUUGUGUUAAGUUAAAAGAAAAUGGUCUUUUAGCAAAACCAACACACGGUGAUAUUAUACGUUUUGCUCCUCCACUCGUCAUCAAUAAAGCACAAAUUGAAGAAAGUAUUGAUAUUAUAAAAAAGACUGUCCUGUCAAUGGAUUCAAAAUAAAAUAUAAACUUGU